CCUGGAAACGGGAUCCUCUCUUACGCUUAAAGUGAAAGACCAAUGAACGAACGAGGCGAGCUUCUGGACCAAUCAUGAGCGUCCGUUCCGAGGGCAGGUUUUACUUUCCCACGCGGACCUGACGUGGCUACUCGGGAUCUCGUGGCCACUAGUAGGCGCUCAGGCACGGCAGCGGACGAAAGCGAGUGUUGAGUGAAUGAUUUUGUCAACACGAACAAUGAAUUCUGGUGAACUCUGACUCUUGCAUCAAGCCGUGUGUGUUUUGGAGUUUGUUUUGGCUCUUGUGGACUUUGAACAGUUUUACAAACAUUGAAAUUAUAUAAAGUUAGUGGAGACGAACUAGCUGCAGUGUUUGUAAACAAUAGACAGAUAAAACUGCUGAUUGCGAUAAACAUACAGUGACAAAUGACUGUCUCGUAAGGGGAAAGACUGAUAAGAAAAUAGGAAACACCUAUAAUACAGCAUUCGGAAACAGAACUUUGAGGAAAAGAAAACGACAAGAAGUAAUAGUAAGAGGAUACAGAAAAUGGAAUGUUGUCAUGAAAAGUGUGUGGUGUCAGUGUGAGAGCAGCGUGUCGUGUCUUUGUCUUGCUGCAUGGCGGACACUCACAGCAUACACAUGAACUGCAGCCCAUCCGGCAUAGACUCUGCCGCUCAUCGCUGAAGCUUCCUUUCGCUAAAGGACAGAAACAUUGCGAGAACGGUGCUGCCUCGCGUUGAAAGGAAAGAAAACGAGGAUGGGAAAGAAGUAAAAGGUUAAGAGACGCAGAGAAGAAAGAAGCUCCGAUGUGAUGAUAAAAGCUAUACUGGCCCCUGUCGCGUUAGUGUCAUGGUCGACACCGAGCUGUGCGGAACGCCGGUAAAGCUGAGGCACACACGCAUACACACACACAGCACAAAGACUUGUGCUGCAUACUACACAGGUGCCUCGCUGCGGGGUUCUCAGAUACACCCACCUGGGCUGAACUUUAUAAAACUUUCCUCGUUUCCAUAAAAUACUUAAGAAAACAACAAAAAAGACAUCCACUCUCAAGAAAUUAUGUCUCCUUAUAAGUGAACAAAGCAGAAGUGAACAGACUUGCUAGACAGUUAAGUGAACCAGCUCCGAGUCACCUCUCCCGAUGUUGGUGAAGAUGUCUAGUGUAUCAACACUUCACGACUCCCCGCCGGGGGAAGCGUACCUUAUGCUGGGCAUGAUUGUGACGAUAGUGGUGAUGACGAUAGGUUCCAUCGGGAACCUUCUCACCCUCUUCACAAUCUCACACCAGUUCUACAUGCCCCGGAAAUACAGGCACAUAAAGGACAUGACGCCAGACACGGUCCUCAUCAUCAACCUUGCAUUCGCUGACCUCUUCUACAGCGCAAUCAGUCUUCCCUUCAUGUUCACCACUUACUACCGUCUCUCCCGAACGGGGCAGGAUCCGUGGGAAGAAGGUGACAUAGCAUGCAAAGUGUCAGCCUUCAUUCGGUACGCUAACGCCAUCGCCGAGUGGACCACGCUGGGUCUCAUGGCUCUGGAGAGAUGUGUCACGAUCUACAACUUUCGCACCUGCCGUGGUCCAAGCCGGCUCUUCUCCACCAACAAGACUGUCUGUUACUGUGGCGGCAUCUGGUUCCUGGCCAUCUCCUUCCAGUUAUUUACACUCUUCGAUAAAUUUGGCACUUUCGGUUACAACGCAAACUUCGUCAAAUGUGACUUUAUCAACACGAACGAGACCUCCAGCAACGUCUCUCCCCGGAUGGUGUUCUUCGCCCUGGAGAGUGCCGUGCCCUGCGUCCUCAUCCUCAUCGGCUACCUGGUCAUCCUCUUCCAGGUGUACUCCUCCUCCUCUGCCCUCAGCAUCUUCGGGUCCUACUCGUGCCAGAGGAUGAUCGCCAUUCGCCGAUCUCGCACCACGGGGGUCAUUGUGAGGCUGCUCUUCGUGUACCUGGUGUGCGUGAUUCCCAUCUGCAUCUUCAACCUGAUGGAGGGGCCCAAGCCAGGGGCGCACAAGGACGCGGGCAUCGUGGUGUACUGCAUCUACUGGCUGCAGUACUGUAUCAACAACUUCAUCUACGUGGUGAGCAACGGACGCUACCGGCGCGCCUACUUCCAGUUCUUGUGCUGGAUCACCUGCCGCCACGUGCCCGUCCCAGCCCUACCGGGCACCACGGGGCAGCCCAAUCGAUGCAAGAUCUACACCCUUCCCAAAUCCUCCAAUCUCCAAGAACCUUUCGACCCACGCUUCAGGACGCCGUCUGAGUGUGAGGAGGCACGGCGGAGAAUGCAGCAAUUUCGAGUUCAUGGCAACUCCCUUUGCUCCUUUACCUCUGAGGCGAUGAGCUGCAGCCUAAAAGAAGCAGUCCACCCUGACCUCUCCCUCAGCCUCAACCCCAUAAGUUGCCUGUCUCUGCACCACUCCGCCAGCCUGAGCUCCACUUCUAGCCUUGAAACGCUUGUUCGGGAUAAGAGACGAUCUCGCCACUUCAGUCAUUCUGUGAAGAAAGACUUGAAGGAAGCUGGACACAAACUGAGGCGGACCUUCUCAUGCUGAACAAGGAGUGGCUAUGUCUCCCAGGGCAGCGAUCAGCAUGCUGCUCAUGUCUUGCCUUGUCGCCUCCAUUUUCGGACCAUCCUCACGCUCAUUCAUAUUCAUCAUUGUCAUUUUCGAAACAUCUUCUGUCAAGUUUUGUCUCUUCUCAUCAAGCUCUCGUAUUCAUGAUAACUGAGAGUGUAUUUUCUUUUUUUACAAUGUAAAAUUUUCUCUUUGAAUGAAAGCGAAGCCUAAUUUCUUCAUUCUCUUCCCACGAUUCCUUUUGGCCAGCCUGUGUGGUGGUGACGCGAGGCUGGGCGUCACAGUGAUUGAUGGCUUUUCGCUUCGAGAUGAAGGCGAGUCAUUAAGGCACGUAAAUUUCGCUCAGGUAAAUGUGAUUAACUUUGGUCACAAGGAAACUCUUUGGACCUCUCUUAUCUUCACUCAAGUGCAGUUACUGUGUACGCAUCCUUAUAGACAGAAAAAAAAUCAUACCUUAUGAACGUGAACUUUUCCAAUACGUAAUAAGAAAUAUGACGUCGCUCAAUUCUGUGGUGUAUUAAACUUGCUGAGCGAGGAGGUAGUGGCCUCUUAACUGUCCACCUCUGCGUUUUGAUCCUCUUCUCCCCAUCAGACCAGAAGUGAAACGAUCUAAGCACUGGCAGGUGUGAAGUUACUUUGUAAUGAGCGGCAGUUGAAAAGAAUGGUAAGAAAAGUUUAUAUGUGAUGUAACUUAGACAUGUGUAGAACUUACCUUGCCUCUCUGCCUUUGGCCACGUGGGAAGGUCAGGCGUGCAAAUACUGACUGUCAUGUGUUUGGACGCGCUCGCAAGGUCCUGCUUUUACACACACGUACCAAAGUUUGCCAUGUGAAGUAUGUGGUCAAGAUGCAUCACACUUUAUUGUUGACAUGUGGUAAAUUCACCAACAAAUAUCCAUCGUGACCAAUGAUGUAGCAGAGGUUAGAUUCUGUGGUGAUCAUUGGCUGGGGUCUUGUAUAGAGCUCCCUCAUUGGUUUGGCACGAUAAAAGAGAAGAAAAAGACCGCCAUGAAGAGGCUGUCAAUAUCAGGUCGUGCGUCAGAUAUGACAAAAAAAAAGACAGUGCAAUAUUAUCAAAAUCCAUUUUUGUUCCCUUCUAUGAGUGUGAAGGUUUAUCUUUUCACGUGUCUGAUCAAUGACAAGCGACGUGAGUGACAGCAAAGCAUCGAAUUCCGGGAUCUUGUA